GGGGUGGCUUCCUCCGGCUUCCUCACUGUCGCUCGCCUGCACUUCCUGCUCGCAGUGCCUUCUGCAGCACCAGCGGUAGUUUUGGCGCCAGCGCCUCUGGCUUUCUACGUCUUCCUCCUCGUCCUGGUGUGCCUGGUUUGGCUUUCCUGCAGCCGUCACUCCUCUUCUUAUCCUUAGCCCAAAUCCUCUGCUGCUGCUGCUGCUCCUAACGGAGGGCGGGGAGGUUUUGAAAGGCGCCGGGAGGAGAAAGCGAGGACAGAGCUUCCUCCUCCUCCUCCUCUACUUCUCCCCCCACCCCCGGGGGGGGGGUCGGAGGGAGAGACCUGCUGUGCCAGCCCAGAGGGAGAGCAGGCCUUGCAGCCGAGCAGGGCGCGCUGCGAGGGGCGAAGGUAGACCAACAGAAAUUUAUAUAAUGGUGGGACUGGGAAAUAGUCGUCGUGGAAUGAAGUCUCCACCCCUUCUAGUCGCUGCACUUGUGGCUUGUAUAAUUGUUCUGGGAUUCAAUUACUGGAUUGCAAGUUCCCGCAGUGUUGAUUUGCAGAAUCGUAUAAUGGAACUGGAAAGCAGAGUCCGCAGGGCAGCAGCGGAAAGAGGUGCUGUAGAACUAAAAAAAAAUGAAUUCCAAGGAGAGCUAAAAAAACAGAGGGAGCAGAUUGACAAAAUCCAGUCCAUGCAUAAUUUCCAGUUGGAAAGUACCAACAAAAUUCACAGGGAUGAGAAGGAAAUGCUAUUGAAUAACAUCACAAUAAAUGAUAGAACGAUCCAGAAUCUUCAAGAACACUUCAAAAAACUACAGGAGGAAUAUGGAAAGCUUCAACAGGAUGUAUUUAGGUUUCAGAAAAACCAAACUAACCUUCAGAAGAAAUUUACAUAUGACAUGAAUCAGUGUAUCAGUCAGAUGAAUGAACUGAAAGAACAAUGUGAAGAAAGGAUAGAAAAAAUCUCAAAGAAAGGUAGUGAGAUACCAGAAGAAAAAGAGAAGAAAGGCAUUUCAUAUAUAUCAGAGAAAAAUUAUCAAGUUAGUAUUCAGAUGUCAACAUUUGGACCGCUGGAGUCCCAGCAGAAUGACUUGACAAAACAAGGUAGUGAACCUCAAAAAACUCACAGAAAUGUACCUCAAGAAAAUCUCCACAUUUCUGAUGAUUCGUUGAAACUAGAAACAUCAAAAUCAACACCCAUCAUGAAAAAUGUAGCAGAAUUGGAUUAUCACAGAAAAAAAGGGACAGAUGAUAUUGUUGCUAUCAGUAAAGAGGAACCUCAGAAAGAAGAACAUCCGAUUGAAAAGGACCAUCUGCAAAUAUCUUCUAAGCCCAGCACAAAUCAUAAAGAACUGCCCCGAGAUCCAGGCAUAGAAGAGAAUCCAUAUGAGGGGAUUAGAAAUGUUCUUGAAGAAGUUGCAGUAGAAAGGCAGACUGGCAAAUUUCCAGGCCCUGUGGGCCAUCAGAAUACCAACCAAGCAAAAGCUGAUGAUGAAGAAAUUGAACGAGAGCAGCUCUUAAAUGAUGAUCUGCAGCAGGACGACCAGGAGACCAGUAAAGGUGAAUUUGAAAUCAAAAGUGUGAAUCAGGAUAACAAAGGAGUAGACUACAAUUUAGAUAUGAAUGAGGCAGAAUCUGAAACAGAUAAACAAGCUGCCCUUGUGAAUCACGAAAAUAACUUCAAUGCCCAGAAUCUUGAAAAUCCCAACAUGCAAAACCACUUAUUUAAGCUUGGUGAAGAACAUCAACAGAAGCUGUGAAUGAGUUCAGUGACUCUUGUAAAAACUAAUAAUGCUGAGCCAAGCCUAUCUCCUCGAGGCUUGAAAAAUUCAACUGGAAUUGAUCACUAUUAGGAUUUAUUUAAAUCAGUUUCAACCUCUGUUAAGAACUUGCCUCCUGCCUUCUUAAGUAAUAAGGUGGUAUUGCACCAAUGAACUGAGCUAUGAUAAGUGUUUCAAGAGGAAGCAAUUAUUAUUAUUAUUAUUGUACAUGGAAUGUGUACCUAGUUCUUCAGCUACCUAGUCUGGUUUGCCUUCUUGAACUAUGACAAGAACUCAGAUGCGAGUUGCACUGCCACAAAAACUGGAAUGGUUACUUAAACAGACAUUACCUUUAGAGAUGCUCCGGCACUCCCCAUGCUCAUACCUCUUUCCAUGUACUGCUGAUUCUCAUUUUACAAAGCAAGUGAACUUAGAGAAUGGGUUUUAUACUUAUUUCAGAUAGCAAUUUCCUCUUAAAAGAAGAUAUUCUAGGUUUUCCCCCCUAUAAUAUUAUUUGGAGGUUAAUCUUAUUUAAUGCAGUGGCUCUUGCUUCCAAGUAAAUAUGCAUAAGACUGAGCUGGCUGUGUAUUUCUCUCAUCUAUUCAAGCAGUAUAUUCUCUAUUUGAACAGCAGGACUCAGUAAAAACAUUUACUAUAUGUAGUGGAAGCACUCCUGGAUUUCUGUGAAGCAGAUUUUAAAAACUCUGUGAAGUUCUUACAUAAAAGAAUAACUGGCCAUCUGUUUAUGAUAUUACUGCAACUUGAAUACAUGGAUGGGGAAGAUGAAUCUACAAGACCGAAAUGUGUUUGCUGCUUCAUACCAAGCAAUGCAUCCAUCCUAUCACGUAGGAAAGAGCAUGGUGCUAAACUAGUACAAAUAUUGGAAAGCACUUCACCCCUAAUAAUUUCAGAAAUAUGUCCUGGUACCUAAAGUUAACAAGGACAUAAUGAAUGUGCAACAAAUUUGUUGUACCUGAGAAGAAAGUUUCAAUAAUUACUUCAAUGUUUUGUCAAAUUUAACAAAAUACUUUUGUUAAUGAAAACGAAAACAUUUUCAACUCUGUUACAUAAUAUUGGCUUCAUUUUGAUUACUUUAAUAAAACUGGAAAACCUAUUAAGAUCAAUGAUGAAUCAAUGGGUUUACAAGAUUUUACUAAUCUGGUUGAUAGCACCCUAUUCGCCAAUAAAAUAGUGCACUCAGUGUA